CACUGAAUAACACAGCACUACCUAAAAGCAGGAAGUACAGUAGUAGAUCAUCCAUCCAAACCACAUGCAGCUGAAACAGAAAAACAAAGCCUACAAAAUUAUAUUUUGCGCAGAUGUGGAUUUUUUGAUGUACUGCUGAGGCGAGCAGCCGAAACCUGUAAUCUACACAUAGCGUGGACGCGUUUGGGAAACAAGAGCAUGGGGCAGCAUCUUGGAAAACGUGAGCCACCUACUGAUUCAAAGGGAUCCUCAACAGUACCUGAACACAUCCCAACAGACUCACCGGAGUCACAAGAUGAGGUAUUUGGAGUGGGGGAGGCGGACCUCAACCAGAACAAUGGGUGCUCCAGCAAGAGUCCAGUGGUGACUGACUCCAUGAACGCUGCAGUAGAUCACAGCAGCUGGAACCAUCCGAACACAGCCGACCCUAAUGCCUCAGGGCUCCGCCCACACUUGGUCCGCCUCUUUUCUCGAGAUGCCCCAGGUCGCGAGGACAACACCUUCAAAGACCGCCCCUCGGAGUCUGACGAGCUGCAGACCAUCCAAGAGCACUGCGGAGCUGGCUCAGAGUGUGGUUCCGAGUGUGCAGAGCAGGACCUACAGUAAAUUUCCUCUUUGCCUACUCUUUCCUCACUCCCAUUUCGGAAAAAAGCACCGCUGCAGAGAUUAAAGCAAGCACUCAGCAUGGCAUCUGCAAGCUCUUCGCAGUCAACAUUCAGACUGGGCCGCAGUAAGAAGAACCCUACUGUUAUGGAUCAGAUCGGAAAGUUCUUCGGAGGGGACAAAAAGAAGAAGGGAAAGG